UUAGCUGAGCUUGGCCCCCACCACCAUGGAGCCCUGACCCAUGUUCUUGGUCUGAAGUUCUUGCUAAUUCUUUCAUCUCAGUCUUUGGUCCUGGGCUUUGCCUUCUUCCUUCUCUUUCCCGAGGACAGGGCCUGUGAGGUUUUGGACUCCACUCGUGGGGACUCUGAAUCCAUGCUGGCAGGAUCAUACCCCAUGCCAGCUGUCUCUCCCCUAUUAUUUGGGCUUCCCACCAUAACUUCCAGAACCUCUGCUUUAGAUCCUUGUAUGUCUCCCUGAUAUGAUUUCUGAGCCUCUCCCCUUUUUUCCUGCCAAUCUCUUGUAUAUUGAUCCUUGGAGGGUUUCCUACUGAUUCCAGAGUAGGCUUCUUUGUUUCGGAUAGCUCCUGGUGCCUCUCCCCAAGUUCCAGUUUGGGGUUCAGUUCCUUGUCCUACAGAUGCUGUCCCCUGCGAGGGAUGUACUUUCUCCCAGGUUCCUUCCAUGCAGAACAUGGUGAUGAGUUUCCGAGUCUCCGAUCUUCAGAUGCUCCUGGGUUUCGUUGGUCGGAGUAAGAGCGGACUUAAGCACGAACUUGUCACCCGGGCCUUGCAGCUGGUCCAGUUUGACUGUAGCCCUGAGCUCUUCAAGAAGAUCAAGGAACUCUACGAAACACGCUACGCCAAGAAGAACUCGGAGCCCGUCCCUCAGCCCCACCGGCCCCUGGACCCCCUGACCAUGCACUCAACCUACGACCGGGCUGGCGCAGUGCCCAGGACUCCUCUCACAGGCCCCAAUAUUGACUACCCUGUCCUUUAUGGGAAGUACUUAAACGGACUCGGACGGUUGCCCACCAAGACCCUCAAGCCAGAAGUCCGCCUGGUGAAACUGCCCUUCUUUAACAUGCUGGACGAGCUGCUGAAGCCGACAGAGCUGGUUCCACAGAAUAACGAGAAGCUCCAAGAGAGCCCGUGCAUCUUUGCAUUGACACCGAGGCAGGUGGAGCUGAUCCGGAACUCCAGAGAACUGCAGCCCGGGAUCAAGGCCGUGCAGGUUGUCCUGAGAAUCUGCUACUCAGACACCAGCGGCCCUCAGGAGGACCAGUACCCACCCAAUAUCGCUGUGAAGGUCAACCACAGCUAUUGCUCGGUCCCGGGCUACUACCCGUCAAAUAAGCCUGGAGUGGAGCCCAAGAGGCCCUGCCGCCCCAUCAACCUCACCCACCUCAUGUACCUGUCCUCAGCCACCAACCGCAUCACUGUCACCUGGGGCAACUACGGCAAGAGUUACUCCGUGGCCUUGUACCUGGUACGGCAACUGACCUCCUCGGAGCUGUUGCAGAGGUUGAAAACCAUCGGGGUCAAGCAUCCGGAGCUGUGCAAGGCACUGGUCAAGGAGAAGCUGCGCCUGGACCCCGACAGUGAGAUUGCCACCACCGGCGUGCGCGUCUCCCUCAUCUGUCCACUGGUGAAGAUGCGGCUCUCGGUGCCCUGCCGGGCGGAGACCUGUGCCCACCUGCAGUGCUUCGACGCCGUCUUCUACCUCCAGAUGAACGAGAAGAAACCCACCUGGAUGUGCCCCGUGUGCGACAAGCCAGCUCCCUACGACCAGCUCAUCAUCGAUGGGCUGCUCUCCAAGAUUCUGAGUGAGUGUCAGGACGCCGACGAGAUUGAGUACCUGGUGGACGGCUCGUGGUGCCCGAUCCGCGCAGAGAAGGAGCGCAGCUGCAGCCCCCAGUGCCCCAUCCUCGUGCUUGGCCCCUCGGACGCCAACGGGCUCCCUCCCACCCCCAGCGUCAACGGCGGUGGUGGCAGCGGCGGCGGGGGCAGCGUGCUCGGGGGCGCCGGCGGCGGGGCGGGCGCGGCGGGGAGCGCGGAGAACGGGAAGCCGGGCGCCGACGUGGUGGACCUCACGCUGGACAGCUCCUCGUCCUCGGAGGAGGAAGAGGAGGAGGAGGACGAGGAGGAAGACGAGGACGAGGAGGGCCCCCGGCCCAAGCGCCGCUGCCCCUUCCAGAAGGGCCUGGUGUCAGCCUGCUGACCAAUCGCUGCCGCCACUGGCCGGACACUCGACUUUCCUGGUGCUCACCCACCGGAGGGGCGCAGGCAGGCCUUGGGGAACAGAGGGAGGAGUGAUUUUUUUUUUUUUCCUUUUUAUUGUUCAUUUUGUUUUUCCACCCCUUUCCCUGGCUCCUGGCACCUGUACCUCUGGACUCUCCCGGCAGAGGGUUUAAAAAAGUAAAAUGACAAAAAAAAAAAAAAGAAAAGAAAUCCUGCAAAAAAAAAUUCAGACUCUUAAAAACAAGGCAGGCCGCCCCCACAGCCGCUUCCCCAGCUGGAGGCCGAGCCUCAGGACCCAGCUGACCCUGGGGCUGGGCGGGCGGGGCCCAGGAAGCGGCGCCCUCGGGGCGCCUCAGCCCCACCUUCCAGCGACCACUGCAGCCUGAGGGGUGGUGGCGGGCGGGGCCCUCCCUGAGACCACCGACCACCAUCGCGACCCCCGUCUGUUCCCUUGCUUUUCUCUUCUCUGUGAGCACGUCCUCUCGCAGAGCCCCGGCGCCUGCCGCCGAGCGGCGAGCAGCAAGCGUUCUCGCCAAGAAGCCAUGGAGUGGG